CUUUCACUCUAGUUGGAAAUUUUAAAAGAAAAAGAAGAAAAGACCUCCAAUUUAUUUUUUUGUAUUUAAUUUGAUUUCCGUUCUGUCUGGUCGUUGUCUAGCGUUUUUUUUUUUGUUUGCCUACGAAAGAAACUGAAUUUUAAUUAAACUUCCUACUUCUAUUUGAAACAUUCUAACAAUGGAUUAUAAGCCUAUCCCAACUGUUGUCCCAGCUUCGCCUUUUGAUGCUGCUGCCGAUGGCCAAGCCCUUCGCGCCGCCAUGAAAGGUUUUGGUACCGAUGAACAAGCUAUCAUUGACAUUCUCUGCGCUCGUUCAAACACUCAGCGUCAAGAAAUCAAAGCCUACUUUCUCCACGAAUACGGACGAGAUUUAAUUGACGAUUUGAAAAGUGAACUUGGUGGCAAAUUCGAAGAUGUCAUCAUUGGUCUAAUGAUGCCACCAGUCGAAUACUUAUGCAAACAACUUCAUAAAGCCAUGGAUGGCAUUGGCACUAAUGAAGAAACACUCGUCGAAAUACUUUGUACAAAAUCCAAUGAAGAAAUUGCACAAAUCGUAACGGCUUAUGAAGAUAAAUAUGAACGUCCAUUGGCUGAACAUAUGUGCAGUGAAACAUCGGGACAUUUUAGACGUUUGUUAACUUUGAUUGUGACAGGGGUACGUAAUCCAGCUGGAAGUGUUGAUCCGGAAAAGGCAAAAGAACAAGCUGAACAACUUUAUGCUGCUGGAGAAGCUAAAUUGGGCACCGAUGAGCAGGUUUUCAAUCGGAUUAUGGCUCAUGAGAGUUUCGCUCAGUUGCGAUUGAUCUUUGAAGAGUAUAAACAACUUUCAGGAAUGACUUUGGAGCAAGCUAUUAAACACGAAAUGAGUGGUGAAUUGCAUGAAGCUAUGAUGGCUAUUGUUGAAUGUGCUCAAUCACCACCAGCAUUCUUUGCCAAAUGUCUCUUCAAAGCUAUGGAUGGUGCUGGCACCGAUGAUCGAACACUUAUUCGUAUUAUUAUUUGUCGAUCGGAAAUCGAUUUGGGAAAUAUUAAGGAGGAAUUUGAACGAUUGUAUAAUAGGACUUUGGUUAGCGCUGUUCGGUCAGAGACAUCUGGUGAUUACAAACGUGCAUUAUGUGCCCUUAUUGGAGGUGCAUAAUAUGGAUCUUUAAGUUUUCUUUUUUUUUUUUUUUGUAAAAUCUCAUUGCCUUUUAAUUGUAACUGUGAAUCUCUCCCACUUGAAUGUACCCUGCAUAGAAAGUGUCUACCAAAAAAAUCAUAUAUUUAUGUCUGUUAUACUCGUAGUUGUUUCUCUUUUUUUUACCAUUCCUAAAUGUGCUUUAAUAACCGUGGUUGUCAGAAUAAAAGAAUUUUUAUUUUCAAAA